UACGUCAUCUGUGUGCACCGCGCAAAUCGAGUCGCGACUGAGUUGACGACAGCGUCGGUUUGAACAAAUGGAGUUGCCGUACCACAUCUGCCGCAAAUCGGCGUGUCUACAAUGAGCGGCAUGCGAACCGCGGUGAGCGCGACUGCUGUGCUCGCAGUGUUGGGGGUCGGCUACGGGAUGUGGUCGCUCGUUGCUCCGGGAGAACAGAGGCAAAGAGAAAUCGUCAAGAAUCUGCCCGAGUCCAACCCACUGAGAAUGGAAGAGACGAGGAAGCGAAAUGCUCUCGUGAUGCAGACGCUCAAGGAGGCGGCGGAAACGAAUGACAAUAUUGCAAGAGGAUUUGGAAGAUCUGCAAAAUAGACUUGGGUCGUGAUGUUGCAGAGACCCUGAGGCAAAAAAAGGAAAAAUAGAAUUGACAUUGUUCUACCGCUGUUAAAUAUGGAGUAUUUGACCAUGACAUUAAAAAUUCUUGACAAAAGUU